AUGAAUAUGUCUGGCGGCGCCCGGGGAGAGGAGCUCACGGACGAGGAGAAGGAGAUCAUCAACGGCGUGCUGGCUCGUGCUGCCAUGAUGGAGGCCGUGGAAAAGGAGAGGAUUGAACGUCUCUCCAGUCGUCUGGAUGGCAUCAGGAAGACGGCGUGUGGUGACGGACAGUCACGAUGUCUGCUGUGCGGGGGGCAUUUUGGAUCUCAGGGGGUUACAGCUGUCCUCUGUGUGCAGUGCCACAAAAUUCAGAAGUGCUCAGGGGCGUGGUUCUUUAAGGGACGACACCAGCAGUCUGCUCUACCUUCUCCUUUACCUCUAUCCACACCUCAUCAGUCCACCACAGAAGACCGCUCGGCUCCGGGAAACCAGGGUGGACCUCCCCGACCCACAAUGCAUCAUGGUCAAGAGCUCGGAGCAGAGCAGAAGCAGUCCCGUGAAUCAGCCGACGGCUGUAAUGAGAGUCCUUCUUCUCAGCCGGCUGUGAUGAAGACAGAGAAACAUGUGUUAGCCCCCACCCCACCUCAGGCGACCCCCACCUCAGCCACUCAGCCCCUGAACCCACGUGAGAACAACCCCCCCUCUCUGAGUCUCCCACCAGGAUCAGCAGAGGAUGACGACGACGACUCAGAUGAUGCCAAAACAAGAGAUUUGAAGUAUAGUCGUAAAAACCAAGUUGAAUUAAAACAUUUCCACUUUCAGGGGUUGAAGCCAAUGGACUCGAAUGGACUGGCAGACCCAUAUGUUAAACUGCACCUGUUACCUGGAGCCAGUAAGGCUAACAAGCUUCGCACCAAGACCCUUAAAACCACCUUGAAUCCCGUGUGGAACGAAACCCUGGUCUACCAUGGCAUCACUGAUGAUGAAAUGCAACGGAAAAUGCUCAGACUUUCUGUGAGUGACGAGGAUACAUUUGGACACAAUGAGUUCAUAGGAGAGACGAGAGUGGCCCUGAAGAAGCUGACGUUUAACCAGAAAAAGAACUUCAAUGUUUGUUUGGAGAGAACGAUGCCGGUGAAGAAGGCGGUUGGAGGAUCGAUCCGUGGAAUGGCAUUUUAUGAGGACGAUCUGAACAAAGGUGAGGACUCGGAGGACAGGGGCCGCAUCCUGAUAUCACUGAUGUACAACAGUCAGCACUGCCGUCUGAUCGUGGGCAUCGUUCGCUGUGCGCACCUGGCUGCCAUGGACUCCAACGGAUACUCGGACCCAUUUGUCAAAAUAUGUCUGAAACCUGACAUGGGAAAAAAAGCCAAAAACAAGACGCAGAUGAAAAAGAAGACCCUCAACCCAGAGUUUAACGAGGAGUUUAGUUAUGAAAUAAUGCACGCUGACCUCGCCAAGAAAACUCUGGAUGUGUCAGUUUGGGACUAUGACAUGGGAAAAUCCAAUGAUUUUAUUGGUGGCUGUCAGUUGGGCAUUCAGGCCCAAGGUGAGUGUUUGAAGCACUGGUACGAAUGCCUCAAGAACAAAGACAAGAAGACCGAGCGCUGGCAUGUUCUGCUUCAUGACACCAACACGUUUGACGAUUAA